AUGGAGCCAGUGGCGACCUGGACCCCCAGGAAGGUGGCGGCUUGGCUGAGAGGCCUGGACGAUUCCCUGCAGGGCUACUGCUUUGAGGACUGGGAGCUUCCUGGCAAGUACCUGCUCCAGCUUUGCCCCCGCAGCCUGGAGGCUCUAACCGUGUCCCCUCUGGGCCACCAGGAGAUCAUCCUGGAAGGGGUGGAACAGCUCCGGGCCCUGAGCGUGGGGCUACAGUCAGAGAACCUGCGGAGCCUGACAGAGGGGCUGCUGGAGGGAACCCGGGCAUUCCAGAGCUUGGUCCGAGGUCGCUUGGGAGGCUGUGCAGAGCCCCCUACAGAUGUCCUUGGUGCGGCCGUGCAGCUGGUACACGAGGCCCGUUCCCUCCUCUUCUGGCUCAACAGGUACCUCUUCUCCCACUUAAAUGACUUCUCAUCUUGCCAGGCGAUUGGGGAAUUAUGCGGGGAGCUGGGCCAGGCCUUGCAGGAGGACUGUCCAGCGGCCGAGAAGGAAAGCAAAGUCCUGAGGAUUAGCAGCCACGUGGCCGGGAUCUGCUGCAACAUCCUGAGCUGCUGCCCGGAGGAGCUGCUGGAGCAGAAGGCUGUGCUAAAGCGAGUGCCGCUGGACGAUCCUUUGGGCCUGGAAAUCCACACCACCAGCAGCUGCCUGCACUUUGUGUCUCGAGUGGGCGCCCAGGUCCCCACCGACCCCCAGCUGCAGGUCCUGCCUGGAGACGAGAUUGUCCAGGUCAACGAGCAGGUGGUGGUGGGCUGGCCUCACAAAAACGUAGCGAGGGAGCUGCUGCGGGAGCCAGACAGGGUCAGUUUAGUGCUGAAGAAGGUCCCGGUGCCGGAGACCCCACAACAGGCCCCUCCUCGGCCCCUGGACCCACCACGCCCAGUCAGCCCAUCACCGGUUCUGGCCUCCGUGUCUCCCAGGACCCCCUCUAAAGACAUCUUUGACUUCGACCUGUCUUCAGACCCAAGCCCUGGACCCAGCUCUCCUGCCUGGACAGACUCAACCUCCCUUGGCCCCGAGCCCCUGCCCAGCCCCCCUGCAACCCCAGCCACACACCCGGCAGAGGUGGCAGACACUCCAGAGCCCCCAGAACACCCUGAUAGGAGUCCUGUCCCUGGCUGCAGGAAAUCAAAAGGCGUGGCGACGCGUCGGCGGGUGUCGUGUCGGGAGCUGGGCCUGCCCGACUGUGAUGGCUGGCUCUUGCUCCGCAAGGUGCCCGGGGGCUUUAUGGGCCCGCGCUGGCGCCGCUGCUGGUUUGUGCUCAAGGGACACACACUCUACUGGUACCGCCAGCCCCAGGAUGAGAAGGCCGAGGGCCUCAUCAAUGUCUCCAACUACAGUCUGGAAAGUGGACAAGAUCAAAAGAAAAAAUAUGUGUUCCAGCUCACCCACAACGUGUACAAACCCUUCAUCUUUGCUGCUGAUACCCUGACGGAUCUGAGUAUGUGGGUGCGUCAUCUCAUUACCUGCAUUUCCAAGUACCAGUCUCCAGGCCGGGCCUCCCUGCCCCAAGAGGAAGACUGCUACAGCGAGACGGAAGCCGAAGAUCCUGACGACGAGGCUGGAUCCUGCUCAGCCUCACCCAGCCCGGCCCAAGCUAGGAGUUCGCUCCAUGGAGAUCCAUCACCUGCAGCCACCCCGCAGGGCAGCCCGCAGACCUCCUUCAGUCCGGCGGCGACAGACAGCAGCGAAGGGGCCCUCGAAAGAAUGGUCCGGGGGCUGAGGCUGGGUGGCGUGUCCCUGCUGGGCCAGCAGCAGCCCCUCACUCAGGAGCAAUGGCGAAGCUCUUUCAUGCGGCGCAACCGAGACCCGCAGCUCAAUGAGCGAGUGCACCGUGUGCGCGCACUGCAGAGCACGCUCAAGGCAAAGCUGCAGGAGCUGCAGGCUCUGGAGGAAGUGCUGGGCGACCCCGAGCUCACGGGAGAGAAAUUCCGCCGGUGGAAGGAGCAGAACCAGGAGCUCUACUCGGAGGGCCUGGGGGCCUGGGGAGGGGGGCAGGCCGAGGGCGGCUCCCAAGUCCUGAAUUCUGACCCCAAGGAACAGUCUUCCCACCCGCCACCCUCUGACCCCGAGGAGCACGCCCCUCUCUGCCCCCUGACUCCAGAGAGUGACCCCCGACCUCCUGACCUCUAA